GAUAAGGAAGGGCAGGAGAGAAGGAAAAAGUGUCUUACUCCUCCGAGAGUGGAACAAAAAAAAAAGUACAUAAUUUGUUAUAAUAAUUUAACCCAACCCUGAUAAAAUGGGUUGCGUUAAAAUACACUAUUCAGGUAAACAGGGGCAUUAGGUGGAAACUUAAUUCAACAGCAAGUACAACAACCUUUAUGUGGAUAUAGACCCUUAUACAAAAAUAAAUAUAUAUGUAUACAAACACCAAUUUGCUGCUUAGCGUUGUCAUAGUGGGUCUGUUUCUUGUGAUUCUUCCCUCGAUUCUACUUAUUCUCUGUCUGGGUCUUCAGGAUGUGCAAGUGUGUUUUUUUAUAUCCAUUAAAUGCUGUAUCUUCUGAGAGACCAAGUGGCAGCAAAAUUGCCUGAGAUCGGACCAGAUAGAUUAUGUUUGAGACCACGUCACACUGAAAACUCGCAAGAAUAGAGCAUAGACGUUCUUCUCAGUCUCCUCAUUAGUUAUUUAUCUACACUUCGUUCUGUCUCUGUGCUGCUUCCUGUUAUAACAAUGGCUGGAUGUCAACUGAUUUUCUACAUCCCAGAAGUUCCUGAUGAAAAAGGUCCUCUUCAAUGACCAGCUUCAGCCAGUCCCGCCACAGACAAGGAGACCCUGCUGGCUGCAAUAAGUGGGUUGUCUCGCCAGCUGACUCAAUUUUCGACCGAGGUCUUGCAACAGUUCGCCGAUCUGAACGACAAGAUGGACUAUAUUUUAGAGACACUUGCUCCUCUGGAAUCCAGUGCGCACCAUCGUGGAGGAGUCAAGAGAAAAAGACGGCAGAAGAAUCCAAAAAUUGCGGAGGUCAUCCGCCGCCUGCACAACUCCAAUUCCAAUAAAAGCCGACUAUGUUCGCCUCACAACACAGAGGUCACAUCAGUGCUGGUCAAAACUCUUCAGGCAAGCCCGGAUUUUUAUGGUGUAGAUAGUGAUGCAUUUGUGUCUGCUUGCAAAACCUAUUAUGAGACGGUCCGCCGGAACUUCCGGUACAGUCAACCGGGCCUUGCAGACAAAGCCACAGUCGUUAGGAGUUCAGCCCGGUGUCGUUCAAGAAGGAAGCGGCUGCUAGAGAAGAGGCAGAGCAUUCUGGUAGGAGAAGAGGCUGCGUUUUGGGAAGGUGUCACCAUUGAUCUGAUGUCUGAUGAGGAGGAUGGCAUCUUUGAAGGGGAGUCAGGGUGGAUUGUGAGACCCCCAAGUUUCCGCAGCCAGGAGCUCAGUGACCUCUGUUCCACACUACAAAUGAGACUUGAGGCCAAUCCUAAAUACAGUGCAAUGCAUCACAAGCGUUUGUACGUUGGGCCAUGUUCAGACAGAAAGCCACCACCACAUGGUUCAAAAGUGGACAAGCAUUAUAUUUCCUAAUAUUGUUUGAAUACAUUUUGCCUUCUAACAAUAAAAAUAAUUAAAAGUAAA